AUGCCUACUCGACAACAAAUGCGAACAUACGAGUCAUUAGCCUACUCAAAUUCUCUCACUGCACCAGUUGGAAUUGAGAGUUGGAAAACAUGGCAGAAGACAUUUUUCCUUGAUGGAAAAGCUGAUUCCUUUGGUGCAACCUUUUUGCUUAAUGAUGCUGCAUCUGAAGCUGUAGGCCAAAAAGUUCCUAUGGAAAAUGGAAGAGUGGGUGUUUCUGGACCUGGAAAAUGUUAUGAAAAAGGGAGACUUAAUGGUAAAAUCCAAAAAUUCAGUGGAAGUUAUAUUGUAAUGAAUGAAAGUGAGUCUAUCAAGGAUAUUGUUGAAAAAAUUACACAAUUGCUUGACAAAACACAAUUGUUCGUUGCUAAUAAUCCUGUGGGAGUUGAACGCCGAGUGCUAGAUAUCAUUCAAUUGCUAGAAAUCCAACAAUCAAAUAAUAUUCAACUAAUAGGGAUAUGGGGCAUGGGAGGGAUUGGCAAAAGCACCAUUGCGAAAGCCAUAUACAAUACAGUUGGUCGCGAUUUUGAAGGUAGAAGCUUCCUUGCAAAUAUUAGAGAGGUUUGGGAGCAAAAGGCUUGCCAAGUGUCUUUACAAGAACAACUUAUCUUCGAUAUUUGCAAAGAAACAACCAAAAUACAAAAUAUUGAGGAAGGAAAAAGUAAAUUAAAGAAAAAACUAUGGCAUAAAGUUGAUGAAGUAUACACAAUGAAUAAGCUGGAUGAAAGUGAAUCUAUUGAGUUUUUUAGUUGGCAUGCAUUCAAGCAAGCGAAACCUAAAAAGGAUUUUGUUGGAUUUUCUCAAAGUUUAGUCAAGUAUUCUGGGGGAUUGCCGUUAGCUCUAGAAAUCCUUGGGUCAUAUUUGUUUGAUAGAGGGGUAACAGAGUGGAAAUGUGUAUUGGAAAAACUCAAAAGAAUUCCUAAUAGUCAAGUACAUAAGAAGUUAAAAAUAAGUUAUGAUGGUUUAAAUGAUGAUUUUGAGAGAGAAAUAUUCCUGGAUAUAGCUUGUUUCUUUAUUGGGAUGGACCGAAAUGACGUUAUACAUAUAUUAAAUGGCUGUGGACUUUAUGCAGAAUUUGGAAUAAAGGUCCUAGUGGAGCGAAGCCUUGUGACUGUUGAUGACAAAAAUAAGCUUGGAAUGCAUGAUUUGCUGCGAGAUAUGGGCAGAGAAAUUAUUCGCAAGGAAUCACCGAAAGCACCUGAGAAACGUAGCAGGUUGUGGUUUAGCAAGGAUGUGCAGAAUGUAUUAUCUAGACAAACUGGAACAAAUGUUGUUGAGGGAUUGACUUUGAUGUUGCCUAGAACUAAUGCAAAAUGUUUUAGUACUAAAGCAUUUAAGGAGAUGACAAGCCUCAGAUUGCUUCAACUUGCCGGAGUACAACUUGAUGGAGAUUUUAAACAUCUUUUUGAAAAUUUGAGAUGGCUUUCUUGGAAUGGAUUUUCUUUGACAAGCAUUCCUACACACUUUUAUCAAGAAAAAUUAGUUUCCAUUGAGUUAGAAAACAGCAAUAUCAAAUUUAUGUGGAAAGAGCCUCAGAGGUUGGAGGAGCUGAAAAUUCUCAAUCUAAGUCAUUCUCAUUAUCUGAUACAGACCCCGGACUUUUCAUAUUUGCCUAAUCUUGAACAAUUAAUACUCGCAGAUUGUCCAAGGUUGUAUGAGGUUUCCCAUAGUAUUGGACAUCUCAAUAAAAUUCUUCUGAUAAAUUUGGAAGAUUGUAUUAGCCUUGAUAGCCUUCCAAGAAGUAUAUAUAAGUUGAAAUCACUGAAAACUCUCAAUCUUUCUGGGUGUUCAAUGAUUGACAAGUUAGAAGAGGACUUGGAACAAAUGGAAUCUUUAACCACCUUACUUGCAAAUAACACUGCAAUAAAAAGAGUGCCAUUUUCAGUAAUAAGGUCAAAAAGUAUUGGAUAUAUUUCUUUGUGUGGUCAUGAAGGAUUCUCAAAUUCUGUUUUUCCAUCUAUCAUUAUGUCUUGGAUGUCACCAACAAAUAAUCUCCCAUCUGCAUUUCAAACACCUGUUGGCUUGUCGUCCAUUGUUCAUUUAGAUGUAGCAGUUAGCUGUUCCCUAUCAUCUAUGCACAAACAAGUUCCAUGGCUUCAAUGUCUUUGGGUGGAGUUUGACUCAGAACUUCAACUUUCUCAAGAGGCAGAGAGAAUUUUGGAAACUUUAUAUGAAACAAAUUCAUUACUUCAAAACUCCAAUCAAGUGCACAUUUCAACAUCAAAAACUUCCUCGAGAUCUCUUUUUAUUCAAAUGGGAAUGAGUUGCCAAAUCUCCAAUAUUUUGAAAGAGAAUAUUUUACAGAAUAUGGGUGGCAGUGAACAAGGUGAUCGUUUUCUCCCCGGUGAUAAGUGUCCAUAUUGGUUAUCUUUCAGUUGCAAAGGUUCUUCUGUAAGUUUUAAAGUCCCUCAAGUGGCAGGGCGUAUCUUGAAGACAAUGAUAUGCAUUGUUGAUUCUUCAACUUCGGAUAACAUAACAUCAUAUGGACUUAAAAACGUGUUGGUGAAAAAUUACUCAAAGGCCACCCUUCAACUCUAUAAGAGAGAGGCAUUAGAUUCCUUUGUAGAUGAGGAGGGGCAGAGACUAAUAUCAAGUAUAGAACCUGGUAAUAAAGUAGAUGUAGUUGUUGUUUUUGAGAACAGUUUCAUUGUAAAGAAGACAAGAGUUUAUCUCAUAUAUGAGGAACGGAUUGGCAAAAAUAUGAAGCAAAGUCAUGCACAUGAUAAGAAUGUUAUUGUUUGUAGUGGUCAUGUAAUGAAUAUGCUUUGUGCUCUCCACCAAAACCUCCAUGGCUUUGUUGUAGUGAUUCCUCUUUUUCUUGUUGGCACUCCUAUGGUGUUUGUUGUAAUGUCUCAAAGGAACUUGACAAGCAAAAUCAACCAACUUUUUUGUUCAUCAAUCAAUACUAUAUAUCCCAAACAGUACCUGAAGAUGGAUGAGCCAAUCCAAGGAGGAGUCAUGGAAGACGACGAACCCGCCUCUUUCGUUUUCAAACUCCAAAUACAUUGUGAUGGAUGCGCCCAGAAGAUCAAACGAAUCGUUCGUAAAUUCCAUGGUGUGGAAAAUGUUAAAGUCGAUUUGUUGGGUAAUAGACUCAUGGUUACUGGAAAAGUGGACGCUGACAAGUUGCGAGAUGAACUGAUAGCUAAAACUAAGAAAAAAGUUGAGCUUGCUAUGGAAAAUAAACUUUAUGAAGUGUUCUUAAGUUUCAGAGGGGAAGAUACUCGUGCAUCAUUCACUUCACAUCUUUAUGCGUCCCUUCAAAAUGCUGGGAUUACUGUUUUCAAGGACGAUGAUUCACUUGAAAGGGGAGAUUGCAUUUCAUCAUCAAUAUAUCAAGCAAUCCAAGAAUCUCAAAUUUCUGUGAUUGUUUUUUCAAGAAAUUAUGCAGAUUCGAGAUGGUGUUUGGAUGAGUUGGUGGAGAUAAUGAAGUGCCACAGAACCAUAAGCCAGGUGGUUUUGCCAAUUUUUUAUGGUGUAGAUCCUUCUGAAGUACGUCACCAGAAAGGUGAGUUUGGUAAAGCAUUUCAAAACCUGUUGAAUAGAAUUUCAACAGAGAAAGAUGAGUCCCUUUCGGAGGAGGAGGAGAAUGAUGAGUUGCUGCAUUGUGAGCUGAGCUGGAGAGAGGCUCUUCGAGGUGCGGCAAGCAUUGCAGGGUUUGUAGUCCUAAAUUCCAGGAAUGAAAGUGAGGCCAUCAAGGAUAUUGCUGAAAAAAUUACUCACUUGCUUGACAAGACAGACUUGUUCAUUGCUGACAAACCAGUGGGAGUUGAUUCUCGAGUGCAAGAUGUUAUUCGACUGCUAAACAUCCAACAGUCAAAUGAUGUGCUACUACUAGGGAUGUGGGGUAUGGGGGGGAUCGGUAAAACAACUAUUGCAAAAGCCAUUUAUAAUGAAAUUGGCCGCGAUUUUGAAUGUAGGAGCUUCCUUGCAAAUGUCAGGGAAGUUUGGGAGAAAAAUGCUGGAAAAGUGCAUUUACAAGAACAGCUUUUGUUUGAUACCUUAAAAGGAACGACGACCAAGAUACAAAGUAUUGAUUCAGGAAAAAUCACAUUAAAGGAUAGACUUUGUCAUAAAAGAGUACUUAUUGUACUUGAUGAUGUGGAUGAGUUGGAGCAGUUGGAUGCUUUGUGCGGAAGUCGUAAAUGGUUUGGUUCAGGGAGUAGAAUAAUUAUAACAACCAGAGAUAUGCAUAUACUUAGAGGGAAUAGAGUUGACACAGUAUACUCAAUGAAAGAAAUGGAUGAAGAUGAAUCAGUUGAGCUUUUUAGUUGGCAUGCGUUCAAGCAAGCGAGUCCCAGAGAAGAAUUUGUUGGAAUUUCUAGAAAUGUCGUUAUGUAUUCUGGGGGAUUGCCGCUAGCUCUCGAAGUCCUCGGGCGCUAUUUGUUUGAUAGGGAGGUAUCAGACUGGAAGUGUGUAUUGAAGAAACUAAAAAGAAUUCCCAAUGACAAAGUACAUAAAAAGUUAAAAAUAAGCUAUGAUGGUUUAGAUGAUGAUUACCAGAAAGCAAUAUUCCUUGACAUAGCUUGUUUCUUUAUUGGAAUGGACCGGAGCGAUGUUAUAAAUAUAUUAAAUGGCUGUAGCCUUUUUGCAGAAAAUGGAAUAAGUGUCCUUGUUGAGCGAAGCCUAGUAACUAUUGACGGUAAAAACAAGCUUGGAAUGCAUGAUUUGUUGCGGGAUAUGGGAAGAGAAAUCAUUUGUGAUAAACCACGAAAGGAGCCCGAGGAACGUAGCAGGUUGUGGUUUCAUGAGGAUGUGGAUGGUGUAUUAGCAGGACAAAUUGGAACAAAAUCUGUUGAGGGAUUGGCUUUGAAGUUGCCAGGAGACUCUGCAAAAUGUUAUAGUACUAAAGCAUUUAAGAAGAUGAAGAAACUCAGAUUGCUUCAACUUGAUGGUGUACAACUUGAUGGGGAUUAUGAAUAUCUUUCGAGAAAUCUGAGAUGGCUUUCUUGGAAUGGAUUUCCUUUAUCAUGCAUACCUACAAACUUCUAUCAAGGAAAUUUAGUUUCCAUCGAGUUAGAAUACAGCAAUGUUAAACUUGUGUGGAAAGUGACUCAGAAGAUGGAGAAAUUGAAAAUUCUUAAUCUUAGUCAUUCUCAUAAUCUGACACGAACUCCAGACUUUUCAAACUUGCCUAAUCUUGAAAAGCUAGUCCUCAAAGAUUGUCCAAGGCUGUCUGAGAUUUCUCCUAGCAUUGGAAAUCUCAAUAAAGUUCUUCUAAUAAAUUUGGAAGACUGUGUUAGUCUUCGUAGCCUCCCUAGAAGCAUCUAUCAGCUGAAAUCUGUAAUAGUUCUCAUUCUUUCUGGAUGUUUAAUGAUUGACAAGUUGGAAGAGGACUUGGAGCAGAUGGAAUCUUUAACCACUCUACUUGCAAAUAACACUGCAAUAACAAGAGUGCCCUUUUCAGUUGUUAGGUCUAAGAGCAUUGGAUAUAUUUCUUUGUGCGGCUAUGAAGGAUCCUCGCGUGAUGUGUUUCCAUCAAUCAUUUGGUCUUGGAUGUCACCAACAAAUAAUCUCCCAUUCCCAUUUCAAACAUCUGUUGCUAUGUCAUCUCUUGUUUCUUUAGAUGUACCAAGUAGUAGUUCCAAUGAAGUAUCAUCCUUUUCUAACUAUCUUCCAAGGCUUCAAAGUCUUUGUGUGGAUUGCAACUCUGAAGACCAACUUUCUCUUGAUGCAAAAAUAAUUUUAGAUGCUUUAUAUGCCUCAAAUUCUAAAGAGUCAGAAUCAACUGCAACUACAUCACAUGUAUCAAAUGUGAAAACUCAUGCAUUACUUCAAUGCCGCAGCCAAGUGCACAUUUCAGGACCACAAACUUCCUUGCGAUCACUUUUGAUUCAAAUGGGAAUGCAUUGCCAUGUCGUCGAUAUUUUGAAAGAGAACAUUUUACAGUUACAGAAAAUGGGUGACAAUGGGCAUGGUUUUUGUUUACUCCCCGGUGAUAAUUAUCCAGAUUGGUUUGCCUUCAAUUGUGAAGGUUCUUCGGUAAUAUUUGAAGUCCCUCAUGUGGAAGGACAUAUCUUGAAGACAAUGAUAUACAUUAUCUAUUCUUCAACCCAAGAUAAUGUAGCAUCAGAUGGCCUUAGAAACGUGUUGGUGAAAAAUUACACAAAGACCACCAUUCAGCUCUAUAAAAGAGACACAUUAAUCUCCUUUGAAGAUGAGGAAGGGCAGAGAGUAGUAUCAAGUAUAGAACCUGGUAAUAAAGUAGAGGUGGUUGUCGUUUUCGAGAACACUUUCAUUGUGAAGAAUACAACAGUUUAUCUCAUAUAUGAUGAACGGAUUGGCAAAAAUAUGAAUCAAAGUCAUGCACCAGAUAAGAAUGUUAUUGUUUGUAGUGGUGAUGUAAAUGAAUGCGCUUUGGUGGAAUGAUCAAAAUUUAGUUUCAGACAGGAUUGCAGGUUUUAUGCAUAGAUUGGAUGCUACUAAUAUUCUGGCUUUAUUCAACAAUGCUUGACAAUUGGUCAUGAAUUCAUGAUAAUGAAAAGUAUGCUCAAACAUAAUUUGCUGGUGGAAAUCUGCCAUCUUUUUAUGAUAAGUGAUUCAAUAUGUGAAGAAACAUGCCAUCUCAAUAUGCUUCAAGAAGAGGUUAUCUAUGUUACUAUGUGUAAGAUAUGUGUCCUAUAACUAUUCUUCUAAUGAAGUUUGUGGCAUUCUGUUUAAUCUUGUAAUUUGGUGGAGUUCGUACUUAGUGUGUUCUUCUGGUUUAGUUUUUUCUUCUGUUGAACUUUACAAAUCCUGUUAUCUCACAAAAGAUGUAUUUAUUGCUUAUCAUAUCAUUGAUAAAUCAUUGCUUAAAUAAAGUUUAAACAUUGAUUUUUGAUA